AUGUCUACUUUCAGCAACCUUAUUGCCCGUGGCAAUGCUGUACUUUCCAGGCGGGACCUUGAUAUGGGAGGCGAGCCGGAUGGGGUCAUUGAUCUUAUGAUCGCCUUUCUUGGCAUCGCUUUCUUCGCUCUUGUUCUGGUGGUGUUAUUAUUCAUGAUGCGGCGUGCGAAGCGCGAGCGACAGCUCCAGAAUGGUACCCUACCGCAGUAUAACGAUAUCAAACAUGAUGAUGGUACCACUCGUCGUCUCACCAUCCAGACCGCUGACGGCCGAUCAAGUAUUCUGGUUCUUAACGGUCGUCCAAUGCUCAAUGACCCGAGCUCGCCACCCUACUCGCCCAACAAUAUUCCCGAGAUUCACAUCACCUUCCCCGACGAGCAGGAUGAGCAAGGUCGCAAUAAGGGCGGCCGUGUCGUGGUUGUCCGAGUCGGCGAGACCACUGUUGGCCUUGAGCCUGUAAAGGAGGAGCAACUGCCAGCAUAUUCCAAAGAGAACAGCGCCGGUUUCUACUCGAUCGACAUGGAUCAAAUCGGUGGACUGAAGGAGAAGGAUCGAAGCCAGUUCUCCUGA